GCCGUCUUUUCAAUUUCACCGUAACUUGUACCUAAUUAUUACCAAGUAGUAGGAGUAAAGUAGUAUUAAUAAUUAUGGAUUUCGAAGAUGAGAGCGUAGGAACUUACAUGUCUAAGGAUUGUUCCUUCGAAGAAGCAUUGGCUUCUUCAACAUUCAGUGCACCAGAGCCAGUCCACGAGAUCAGCGAAUUCGGUGACGGAGAUUGCGGGGAGCCCCUGGAGGCACAUCAUCUUCGCCUGGACUUUACCCCCACGGACGACGACGACGACUAUUCCCAAAAGAAAUGUUGCGAGUUCUGGAAGUACAUUGAAAGUAGAAGUGACUUAAGAGGCAUGAUGGUUCUGCCGGAAACAGCACCUUCUCAGAGUACUGACACAAUCUCCGUCCACAAGCCAGCUAUGAAGGAGCGCGUAUCGAAGCCAAAUACAGCCGUCACAAUGCUGCAAUUUGUCGAAGAUAAGGGUUUAAUAGAUCGAGCUUUCGAAGCGAAGAUGCAACAAUCGCGAUGCACAUUGGGUUCAAACGAUUAUGAGCUGAGUCCGAAAGCUAGACAAACAAAGUGCCCUUGUCCCCAUCCCUGCGUGAAGUGCCCAAACGCUCCUACCUCUGCCGCCCGUGCACUUUGCGAGGAACUGGGGGCUUGGGAUGUUAACCAUACGAAGUCAAUGGAGCCGCCGCGUCAUCCCCCCUCUGUUUAACAAGAAUGUACCUGAAGCUAUGCCCGAAACGAUGGAUUUCUUACCUUUAAACAUCUCUUGCGAUGACCCAAACGCAGCCACGCCUCCCAGGGGCUGCAAUGUCAACUGCAACCGAUUUUGCUCAAACUAUUUAAAUAACCGGACGAACCCUUGCCCACGCCUUGCCUGCGCCCCAAACAAGUGUGGCUGCAUAGAAGGCACCUUCUAUGACAUAAACACAGGAAAGUGCGUGCCCGGUAAAUGCUGUACCCCGCAAGACUAAAUAAACCAAUGUUUCUUUUUU